GCGGUUACCGCUGUGGUGUGCGCGAUCCACAGGGCUGUUAGACAGGCGGUCUGGACACGAAGAGAAUAGACAGGUCGUCUCACCGCGACACGCUGGCGGCAUCAUACCGACAUUGACCCAAAUAUAUGACAGCGGUGUACAGAAAGGAUAGUCUCCCGCCUACCGUGUUCAAUUUCAUUUGGUUUGCUUCAAGGACCAUAUUCCACAUUCUCUCAUUGUAAAUAAACGUGUGGCAGCAUCCAAUGAAUGUUUUAUAGAACUGGACCCAGAUUGGUUUGUAACGGGAUUGAGACACUCAGUGACAGAACACCCACGCAUGGACGUUAUGGCGAAUUCAUAAAUGAGUUACCCGAUCUCAACAUUUAGACUACCACUGGAUCUAUUUACUUGACAUUGUGAGGAAUUUUCUCCAAGCAAGGACCAAGAUUGUGCAUGAGAGCUGUUUUCAGACCCAUUCUUAUUUCAGAGUUGCAUCUUUCUGUUACCCGCGCAUUAGGUUCAACCAAAGAUUUCCCGAAUAUGCGGUAAUGGAUUGUACUCACCUUUGGAUGUCUCUCUCAUGACUCCUAUUUGAGAUGGCGAGCCACAACCUCCGUCACAGACCGUCGCGGUAAAUGGCUGGAGGGAGUAAAAGCGUCUUCCAUCUGCUUGGCGGUGGAAAGGGCCUCUGUGGAGCUGUGGUCGUCUUUCAGUCUCAGCAAAUCACCUUUCCUGCCAUGGCCCCACCAUCAGCUCUCUGCCCUCCUGAUGCUUUCUCAGAGGGAAUGUAGAGAGACACACACUGGAGACACACUCUCCAGCACUACACACACACCCCUUCAUGCAGAGAUCCCAUACACACACACUCCUUAGCUCAAGAUACCUUUGUUGUGUGUGUUUUUUUACCUGGUAGGCAAUUAUUUUUCCCCAACCAGAAUUGGAUUUGGACUCUCUGUCCUGUGUGAUUGAACCUCUUAGUAGCUUUAGGGGGGUGUUGUCCUGCUCUGCUGCUUUAUGGUUGGGUGUCCCUGGGACGUUGUGACUGAGCAGGGGGAGCCAGCAUGGCCAGGCCUCUGCUGAAAAUCCAACGCUACUUUCGCAGGAAACCUGUGCGCUUCUUCUCCUUCAUCCUCCUCUACCUGACAGCUGGGAGCCUGGUGUUCCUGCACUCUGGCUUUGUAGGGGACAGCUCCACGGGGGAAAAUGGGGGCCGGGACCCCAUGGUAGCAUCUGGGAUAGGGAACAGGGUGGCCUCCUCAGACGGCCGGGGGGUAGGAAUGAUGGGGAGGGUGUUGAAAGAUACACGCAGACCCACCCCACGGAGGUACGGCCCUCCCUGGAUGAAAGGGGCUGGUGGGAAGGACUGGGAGGGUAGGGGAGUAGACUACACCAGCAGCUGGAACCGCGCCCUCAAGGGACGCAACGCCAAAGAUCUGGACGACGGACGGGCGAAGUACAUCGGCUGCUAUAUCGACGACACAGCGAAAAGAGCACUUAGGGGAGUGUCCUUUUUCGACUACAAGAAAAUGACGGUCUUCCGUUGCCAGGACAACUGUGCUGAAAGGGGAUACCUGUAUUCAGGCCUAGAGUUUGGGGCGGAGUGCUACUGUGGCCACAAGAUCCAGGCCCCCAACGCCUCUGAGAGUGAAUGCAUCAUGCAGUGUAAGGGCGACAAGGGCAACCUGUGUGGAGGGGCCAAUCGCCUGUCCAUCUACAGACUGGAGCUGAGCCAGGAGUCAGCGCGCCACUAUGGGAGUGCCAUCUUUAAGGGGUGCUUCCACAGGCCUGACAACGUCACCCUGGCCCUGCCCAUCAGCGCUGUCAUCCAGAACAUGUCAGUGGAGAAGUGUGUGGACAUGUGUACGGAAAAGGAGCUGUCCCUAGCGGUCCUAGCUGGAGACAGGUGUCUCUGUGGGUUCCCCACCCCCCACUUCUCCCUCCAUGAGAUGGAGGAUGAGGACCUGUGCCUGCACCGCUGCCAUGGCGAGGAGUUUGAGAGCUGUGGGAAUGACGAGUACUUUGUGGUGUACCAGACACAGGUCCAAGAUAACCGCUGCAUGGACCGGCGCUUCCUGCCCACGCGUUCCAAGCAGCUGAUUGCUCUGGCCAGCUUCCCCGGGGCUGGCAACACCUGGGCCCGCCACCUCAUAGAGCUGGCCACCGGCUUCUACACAGGCAGCUACUAUUUUGAUGGCUCCCUCUACAACAAAGGCUUCAAAGGUGAGCGAGACCAUUGGCGGAGUGGUAGGACCAUCUGCAUUAAAACACAUGAGAGUGGCAAGAAGGAGAUUGAAGCCUUUGACGCCAGCAUCGUCAUGAUCCGCAACCCUUACAAAGCCCUCAUGGCUGAGUUCAACCGCAAGUACGGCGGCCAUAUUGGAUUUGCCUCUCAGGCCCACUGGAGAGGGAAAGAGUGGCCUGAGUUUGUGAAGAACUAUGCUCCUUGGUGGGCGUCCCACACACUGGAUUGGCUGCGUUAUGGGAGGAACGUCCAUGUGGUCCACUUUGAGGAGCUGAAGAGGGAGCUGUUCUCUAAGCUCAAGGACAUGGUCCUGUUUCUGGACCUGGAGGUGGCCGAGGACCGCCUGCUCUGUGUAGAGGGACAGAAGGACGGUAAAUUCAAGCGCUCCGGCCUGCGUAAACUGGAUUAUGACCCGUACACACCUGAGAUGCGCACUAGCAUUGACGAACUGGUCAUGACUGUGGACGCUUCCCUAAAGAAGAGGAACAUGGCCGGGGUGCCGAAGGAGUACCGACCCACUCCGAGAUAAUAUCUCCUCUCCUUUCCCUCUCUCUCUCUCCAUUUCUCACUCUGUUCUUCUAUCCCUUCCCUUCGUUCUAGGAUUAAUUCAUGUCAACCAUGUCCAAAUGGCUUCAAAUAUAAAAGUCACAUGAAGUGAAAAUCUAUGUGUAGGAAAUUUGUUUUUAUUUAAUAUACUUCUCUGUUCCCCACCACUUCUCUGUCUCCUUCUUUCUCACAUCCCUUUCCUUUUAUUUGUUUGACUGACAGGCUCACAACCGUAUUGAUUAGGAGAACAAAUACUCUUUCAUGAAAUGGUUUGAAAUGUCACAAAACCUUUUAAUGAUCUGUCAUUUUCAACUAAAUGUUUUGCUUUGUUAGAGAGGAAAAAUCUAUACCUCCACUUGCUGAAUACAGUAUGUUUGAGAGCCACUAGAUUUAAAAUUAGGAGGUGGUCAAAACCGUACUAUUGGACUUGGAUUUGGUUGGCGAAAACCCCUGUGUCCAUCUAAAAGAGGUAAUGAAUGGGACUGAACACUCAUCUCUCCGUCUACCCCUGUGAACCCACCAUGAGGCUAGAUCUUCACUCUUCUCCUCAUACUUCAGCAGUAUUCGAACAAGAAGAGGUAAUACAGCACUUCUCUGAAGCAGUGGCCUCUCUUAAAACUGUGCUGUAUCAGUCCUACUGAGUCAUUACAUCUGUGCAUUACAGCUGUCCUUUUGGUUACUGGCAACAGCUCUGGAACACUAAAUAAUUAACUCUCCAUAGUUUAUUUUGACCAUCAGGCUCUAUGGAACACUCCUGACUCUUGUCAAGACAGCCCUUUCAACAACUAGCCUCGACUCAUCGACAGCUUGUUCGUCCUUGGUCUCCUCAGAUGUGGUCAGCCAGACACACUGCGCAUGAUACAUUUAUUGUGGAUUUAUUGAAUGGAGUUUUCCCUUAAACAGCGCUAUUUUGAAACUACCACUUCUGCUAAAUCACUCUGCAGAACUUGUUGCUUUCCUUAUGAUGGUGGUUAGAAGCAAAAUUACAAUGUGGUGCCUUUUCUGUCAGCUGACUGUUGGCUUUAAGUUGAAAUGUAGAGAAAAUAAAAUGAUUACUAAUAUCAAAUAUUAUUGGUAAUGUGAAUACAUUAUUGAUGAUAUUUGAUAUUAAACUGUCCGCUUAAUGCAUCAUCAGACACACUAGUGUCGAGAGUGUUCUAGCUUAUGAAACAAAAUACCAAGGACGUUGUUAUGCAAUUAUUGCAAAUAUUGUGUCAGUGCAAUGCACUGAUUGAAUGUUUGAGAUUUCCAUUUGGCUCAUAACUCAAUACAGGCUGGGAAGAGGCAGGGUUAACAAUCAAUAAUUGUAUGCCACCUCACUGUGUGGCUGAGGCACGUUAGAUCAAGACUGUGGAGUUAUCAAGCAUACCCUGAUAGUUUAACACUUCAAAUUAUACAUUUUUUUAUGGGGGGUCAGUCAAAUUUGCCUGCCUAUAAUGACUCAAACACACCAAAAUCAAUCAAAAGUAAUAUUGUGUCUCUGUUUGAGUGACUUCAUAACUAAGAGAUAAUGAAGGUUCAUUAUUUAAAUAUUUGUCUUCAUUUAUUUAACUUGAAUAUGAUCCAAAAAGUGUUUCACUGUAAGGUUAAUACAGCUGUAGCAUGUACUGUAGCUGAACGCUUACUACCCCAAAGGCCCAAAAGGCAUUUAUUCAAGUUAUAGAUGAUUUGAGAUGAGAGUUUUCCCCUCAAUGCUUUUUGUUCUUGAUAUACGAUCCCUGAUCAUUUUUGUUGAAGGUGAGUAAUGCUGAAAGUGAAGCACCCCAUUUUCUCGAUUGCUUCGGUAUCGCAAAACAAGCUACAUGUACAGGUAUAUAAUAGUCCUAGCCAUAGGUAAUGUGCAACAGAGAAUAGAAAGCUAAUAUACAUCAAAAUAAUCUGUAAGUGAAGCAUUUGAUUUUGUACACCCACCAUUUUAUGUUGACUGAUGUAUAUAUAAUGUGCGUGUGUCUCUAUUGGUCACAUGUAGAAAGAGUGCAAUGAAAGAAAAAAUUCCUUCCAAAAUAUACACAUAUAUUUUUAUAGUACGUGCAACAAAAUUACAAAUAUAUUUAUAAUGCAACAAGUAAAUGGGAGCUAUCUCUUCUAUUUUUGACAUAGGACCUUAACUUUGAGUGUUUUUUGCUUUCAUUGACAGGCUCGCACUAAUCUCAAAAGGGGCGUCACAUUUGAAUGUAUUUUGUAUGGAAUGAAUGUAAUGUGAUUAUAAAUAAGGUAAUAGAAUGGAAGUAAAGGACUGCGAUUCCAAAUAAACAUGCAAUCUGAAAUAAAUGUUGUAUGGUAGUAAAAGUA